AUGUCGUUCUGUAGGAUAACCGGCCGUAGUAGGGGACUACCUAAGCCAAAUUACUUUCCGCUUCUUGCCCCAAUAUCUCCAGCGGAUGCGAAGCGUUGCUGCAGGAUCACCGGAAAAUCUUAUGGUUUGCCUACUCAUCACUACAUUCCAGUACUUUUAACAUCAAGUUCUUCUAAAACGAAAUGUAAGAUAACCAAUGUAGCAGGAGAACUAGGGCCGCAUCAUUAUGCACCUGAAAUUAAUUAUGGCAAUAGGAAACAUGAAAUGCUUCCUGAUUUUAGAUACAUAUUUCCAGUUUUGGACGGAUCUACUGAGGCUCAAAAGGCGUUAAUGGAUUUGUUAUUGACGAAACAAAUUGCCGAGGAAAAGCGGUAUGUUUACACGGUGCAAGAAAGACGUUGUAAUUUGGUGUUUUCCGCUCGAAUGGAAGCGGCUGUGCGCGACGGUGAUGUUAGGGACGUAAUGCUUGCGAAAGACUCUGAUACUGUUCUUAUUAAAACAAAACAAGGUCGCAGUGUUUCAAUGAAUUUUAAAGAUUUCACGGAAGAUGUAGAGAUGUACGAAGGUGAGGGACCAAACGCAGAAGUAUUAAGACAAAGAGAACUAGAGGAAUUAAAAGAGAAAAAGAAGAAAAGGAAGAGGGCAGCAGGACUAUCUUCAAUGACAAAAAUAUUUGAAACGAAGGAAAGACUUGCAGAAGUUCAAGAGCUUGAGGAAGAAAAAGCGCGGCAAGAUCGCUUAGCUAAGAAAGCUAAAUUGGAAGAAAUAAAACAUGAAAAGCAUGAUGCAAAAAGUUUUUCGUGUAAUAAUUUUAAUAUUAAUCAUAUGCGUUCUAAGUCAAGUAUUAUUAUGUGUAAUGGAGAUUGGAAAGAUCAGGUUCAUCCGUUGAUAGAAACUUGGGAUUGGGAUUUAUUUGAAAAAGAAGUGAACGAUGAGAAAUUUACUCCCAAUACUACGAUACUACCUUCGCCCGUUAAAAUUACACCUUAUCAUUGUGAGACGGAAAUAUACCAAGUUGAUAAAAAUAUUAGUGAAGUGACAAUUUCCCUAGAAAAUGUACCUUGUGUUAAUCCUUUGAAACCAAUUACAAAUCGUCCGUCUGAAACAAUAUUACAAACUGUAAAAGAACUUUCUGCGGAGCGCUUAACUGAAACCGCAGAUGUUACUGAAAAAUUACUUGAAGGAAACAAAAUUGAUAUGUUACCUAAUUUAGAAACCUUACCAGAUGUUAUAAAAAAUAUAAAAAAAGGGAAAAGAGAAAAAAUUGCAAAAAUAUCGGGAUUAACUUUAGAUAUAAAUAAAGCAAAAACUUUCAUUCCUGGUCAACACGUAAUUACACCUCAAGGACCUGUCUUUAUACCUGGACAAACUGUUGAAACACCAGUUGGACCAAUUUUUGUUCCUGGUUUAACCGUGAAUACGCCUACUGGACCAGGUCUCAUACCAGGUCAUAUAUUAGCUUCUGAAAACACACAGGAACCCUUUUUCCUACUAGGGCAAGUUUUACCAACCACAAAUGGUGAAGAAUUCGUAUGUGGCCAAUCAAUAAAAACUAAAGAAACAUAUCGUUUUACGGAGGGCCAAACUGUUUUAUCCGAAGAAGGAUUAAAAUUUAUACCGGGAAAAAUUAUUAAUAAUGGAUCUGAAGACGUUUUUGUGCCAGGUCAAACAAUCAUGACACCGGAAGGUGUGCAAUUUGUUCCCGGUCAAACUGCAACGGAAAACGGUGAAAUUAUUUUUACACCGGGUCAAAACGCGAAAAUAAAUAAUGAAUGGCAAUUUAUUCCUGGACAAGUGGUUCAUCAGGACGACGAAUUGCAUUUUAUUCCUGGAGCAACCUUAGCUACACCGAACGGACUUAAAUUUGUGCCUGGUCAGACUGUAACAAGUAAUGGAGAAAUAUGUUUCGUGCCUGGAAUUACGAGAACAAGUAAAAAAGGUUUGGAAUUUAUUCCUGGAACUACUGUGGAAACAAUAGACGGGCCUAAAUUUAUAGAAGGUCAAAUUGUGCAUACUGACUCCGGCCAGAAGUUUUUACCCGGAAAAACAACUGUUAAAACUGAUGGUCAUAUAGAAUUUUCUAUUGCAAAAUCUAUUGAAGAUAUUAAUUUCACUGAAGGCACUCCUACAGGGUUGCCAAUAGACAUUAGAACUUGUUCUCUGUCCGAAGAGUCGUUAUAUGUUUUUGGACAUAUGGUUCAAACCACUAAAGGCAUUGAAUUUUAUCCCGGACCUAGGGUGCCUAAAAUAGAAGGUAAAGUUGUCCCCGGUAGACUUGUCAAGAAUGAACUUAAUGAAUCUCGGUUUGUUCCUGGAAUGAUGGUCGAAGGAGUUUUUGUACCAGGACAGAUAGUGUUUACUGAGAAUGGCGAGCAGUUUGUUCCAGGUCAAGUGGUUGAUACAGCAGAAGGUCCAAAGUUUGUACCAGGACAAGUAGUAAACACAAAAACUGGGCCAAAAUUCGUGCCUGGUCAAACGAUUCAUACAAUUGAUGGUCCACGUUUUGUUCCAGGACAAAUUAUAGAAACUAAAGCAGGCCCAACUUUCAUACCUGGACAAGUUAUUUGGACUGAAGAUGAGGGAUCACGAUUUGUUCCUGGACAAGUUGUGGAUACCGAAGAGGGUCCAAGGUUUGUUCCAGGCAGAGUUAUUGAAACCGAUGAUAACGGGGUAACAUUCAUACCUGGUCAAAUCGUACAAACACCCGAGGGUCUUAAGUUUGUUGCUCCAGAUCUCAUUGAAGGUGACGAAGGUCUUGAGUUCUCAGUGCAAAGUUUUGUUGUUACCCCUGAGGAGUUGAAACUUUUAAAGGUGAAAACAAAUCCAAAUGACACUACCUCUACUAAGGGUGAGCUUACAAUUGACACUAAUAUGUUGCGCCAAUUAUCUGAAGCAGGAAUGUCUAUAGGCAGACAAGUACCAGCCGAUUUGCCUGCAAUAAAUGUAAUUUUAAAUCAAACAAGAAACACUGAAGCGUUGAAGGCAUUUGUUACCGAUUUUGGACUAAAAGAUGAUAUUGCAAAUCAGCUAAUGGAAGUUAUAACUUCAAUAAUCGAAAUGAGUGUUCACCUUAAGUCCGACAUACAAGAAAACCAAGGAGAUGGUAAUGGAUCCAAAAAAACAAGAUUUAAUAAAAAGCGAACGGAAGCUUUACAAUGCAAUAGUUACGAUGACGAACAAAAUAUGCAACAAGAAAAUGUAAAAAAUUCAAUUGCCGCAGCAGUUUUGGCAGCUUUAGUAACAGCCGAACAAUUUGAAGAAAUAAACAAUAAUAAUGGCAAGGAAAAAUAUCAACUAAUAUUAAAAUCUAUAGAUACCAUAUUAGGUAAAGCUAUUGAUGAACAUUUUGUAUCUGCUAUGUUUAAAAUUCUUCGAACGGAGGAAAGCAAAGAAACACUUCGAGAGGAAAUUUUAGAUAAUUCGUCAAAACCAAAGAUAGAAUUAAUUAAAAUUGCUUUAAACAAUACUUUACAUAAACAUUCCUUGAAAGAAGAAGAUAUAAUUAAAAAAUUUAGUGAUUUUCUGAGCAGUGAAAAUGAAGUAUUGGGCCCUGCAUUCAAAAAUAUCUCUAAUAAUGAUGCAAGUAUUCUAAAUCACGUAUUAAAUCACAUCUCGGAAUCGAUAUCCUUUAUCAAAACUGACCAUGAAGCCGCAGAAACACUUCAAAAAGUAAUCGUUUCUGCUGUUCAAGAAUCAUCUAUAAAGGCAUUAGAUGAUAUUUUACAAGAAGCUGAUGGCAACAAUGUUAAAGAGUUGAUUGUGCAGUCAAUUGGUCUUGCUCGAAUACUUGGGAUGAGCGAUGUUGCCAAAAAAUUAUCAAUAAGUCUCAAGAGUGAACAAAACUUGACACAGCUGUCUUCUGACUCCGCAUGUUUAAAUAUCUUGAAAAGAGUAACGGUUAUGAGAAAACUCGCUGAUAAAGCACCUAGCUUAUAUUCAGCAUUACGGAAAUUAGAAAAUGACCCUGAGUUAGCUCGGACAGAUCCUAAAUUAAGGGAUUUAGUUCGAGAAAGCGCAGCACUAAUGAUUAUUCCUGAAGAUCCACCAUUGAUGACAUCUGAUGAUGUUCCGCUAAGUUUACUCCAGCCAGAAAACAGUCUUGCAAUGGAAGAUUUCUUGUUCCAGCGUAAGAAACAUCCGGGAGCGUUGUUAAUUAUGAAGAAAGGUUUGCAGGCUGUGGUGCCAAGAGAGGCUAGCCGAGCUGUACUUACUGGUCAAAUUGCUUACACAGUUUUAGAUGAAAAUGGUAUAAGACAUUUUGAACCACUUCAUGUUUUCUCUGCUCUUAACCUUAGUCAACCGACUGCACAUCGAUUCAGCAUGUACAGUUGUCCAGUGGUAGAUGACCAAGAUGAAGAUCUUCAAACUUUCACUGGUUAUUGCAAUAUAAGUAACAGUCAAAGAAUAACUAAAUUUGGUGGAUGGAGUCGACGGUAUAGCGGAGUUUUACUCGAAAGGGAAAAUACAAGAACCAGAAUGAGGAGUUUAGAAAAUACUCCCAGUUAUAAACGUUAUUCUUCGAGAUCACAGUCUAGAUCUAGAUCUAGUUGUAGCAGAAGUCCAUCUAAGAUAGAGGACGUAGUUGUAGCGUCAUCUGACUACACAGCUGCAACUGAUGAUGAAGUAUCUCUCAAAGCCGGUGAUAUUGUCGAGGUUCUCGACACCAAGUCCGCUCACGGAGCCAAGAAACCGCGGCUGGAUUCUGAGCUAGACGUCCAGGCUCAACUACUGGACGCUUCUGCCGCCAAGCACAAGCUAGCUGUACGACCGAAAAAGAAUCAUCCGAAGAGCAAAACGAAGUCGUAUAAAACUGCUGAUGGAGAAAGGUUGCUGGUACGCGUUGUGGAGGACGUGGAGGAUGGACAGCUCCGCACGCGACAGGGUUGGGUGCCCGCGCAGCUGCUUAAGGAGAAGAAACCUGAACGUGAUCUGACAGCGCUGGCUGCUAGACGACAGGCGGUGGUGCGCGAGCUGAUCGAGACGGAGGAGGAGUUCGGGCGCGACAUCCAGCAGGUGGUGGCGCGCUACAUGCGGCCGCUGGACAAGGCCACCACGCCCAAGCCCGUCUUCGACAACCGAGAUCUGUUGUUCUCUAACUUCAAGCAGAUCUGCGAGUUUCACAACACGUCCCUGCUAGAAGGUAUCAAGUACUACGCGGGGGAGCCUCGAAUGCUGGGUCGCGCCCUGUUGCGGAUGGAGCGCGAGUUCGACAAGCACGUGGCCUACUGCCGUGACGAGCCCAGGGCACAACACCUGCUGGCCAACGACCCAGUCGUUAGCAAGUACUUCCAGAAUAUUGCAGACAAGCUCGGCGACGACAAAGGUCUUGCCGAACACCUCAAGCUUCCCAUACAAAGGAUCAACGAUUAUCAGCUCCUAUUGAAGGAACUUGUAAAGUACUCGAAACGUCUCGGCGAAGACUGCACAGAUCUACAGAACGCCCUAGAACUUUUCCUCGGCGUUCCGAAUCGUGCCACCGAUAACAAGUUCAUAUCAAGCAUCGAGGGAUACCGUGGAAACAUCUACAAACUUGGCCGUUUGCUCACCCACGACUGGUUUACGGUUUCCGUUGCAGAAAAGUCCAGUGAGAGAUACUUGUUUUUGUUCAAAGCUAGAAUCUUGAUCUGCAAAGUCAAGAGGAUCGAAGACGACAGAUCAGUUUUUAUACUUAAGCACAUUAUCAAGCUCCCUGACGUCGAAGUCAAGGAUUAUCCAACAGACAAGCUCAAAUUCGAGCUUCAUCAGAAGUCACCACCGCUGAUCUUCACCCUCGCGGCGCAUAAGGAGUCAGUUAAGAAUAAAUGGCUUAAGGAAAUCAGACAGCACUCCAGUGAAGUUGUUGCACUAGCUGAACACGCAGCUGACGAUCUUCAGGUAUUAUUACCAGAACAAACGACAUCAGAAUCGGAAUAUCUGUCCUCAGAAUCCGAAGACAAAAAAAAGAAAAGGCAGCAUACAGAUAACUCCCAAGUGGAAGAAGAAAAUCCGAAUAAGGAAAAGCGAUCUCGAAUAGAGGAAGUUCAAGUUACUGAAAUACUGACCAGAGAAGAAUCUCUUGAAGAGCUGCAAACAAAAAGAAAAGCAUCUGUAGAAAGUGCUCAAUCGAAAAAAGCGGCUAGAUCCGAAAUACAAGAAGUAUCAUCCACAAGCGAGGCUCACGAAGUGGUAAUUGCAGACAAUACCAAAAUUACAGCUGAGCUUGAAAUUCAAUCGUCAGUUGAUAUACAAGAAAACGAGAUUUGUGAAAUUCAAUCCACAAAAUAUCUUACUGAACAAAUUAAACUCAAAAUAAAAUCAACUGAAGGAAAAAGCGGAGAAACUACAGUACAUAAAAAUUCGAACGUUAUAUUGACUGAGGCUGAAAAAGUAGUAGAAGAAAGCAUUGCUUUAGAUGAAAUAAAAAACAUAGAGACUGACGAGGCAGAAGGAGUUAGUUCUGCAAUUUUAAAAGCACAAGUUGAGAUACGAAACGAAGAAACGUUAAUUGUUCCCUCAGAAGUUUCGACAGAAGAGCCAAAAGCGGGAAUAUUUGUUCAAGAAGAAUCUUCUACGGUUUCACUAUCAAAGCAGACGAAAGUUACCUUAGAAAGCUCAUCAGGGGAGCAAUCGUCACAAACAUCUUACCAGGUGCUAACUGAGCAAACACAAGCUGCUAAUCCAAUCUGUGAAAUUAAUAAUCAGCCUAAUAAAGAGGAAUCUCUUGACCAACAACUACAGAAAAAAACUGGAUCAAAUACAGUUCAGUCUACUAUUUUGUCAUCUGCGGAAUACAGUGACUUUACAACUAAAAUAAAACAAGACUUAGGGGAAACAAUAUCCAACAAAACAUCACAAGUUUCUUCCGUUGGACAAACUACAUUAACAGCAGCGGAGCAGCCUAUAAUUAGAAAAGACAAUUCAACUCCUGAAAACCAGGCUCAAUCUACUGUACAAACAUUUUCACAGCAACAAACUGCAUCUAUAUCACAAAAUUCAGUAACUGAAGCAACUAGUACUAAAGUUUCGAAUUCCCAACAACAAGUACACUCUUUUGACGAAUUAUCUGAACAAAAACCAUAUAAAUUUGUAGAUGAAUAUAUUGAACAACCAGCGGUAACUACAACCACUGUAGAAUCACCUGAAGAAGACAAAAAUCAGAUAAAUAAUUCAUUAUUUAGUAAAGAAAAAAGUGUGUCAGAAGACCACACUGCUAAUGAAAUUGUUGAAGAAACAAAUGAUCAAGUUGCAGUAACAGACUCGCAAAGGAAAUACAAUAAAGACGAUAAAGUACAAGAAUUAAGCGCCGCUGGCGCAGAAUCACUAGAAGGAGUUGUUACAAAUAGUCAAACUGUAACCGCACAAGAAAACGUUGAAGACGAGAUGUCGUCGAGGUAUAAUAGUCGUAGCUCGAGGUUGUCUGGAGAAUAUUCCAGCAGCACCCGAAAGUCUAGCAGUGGUCGGUAUGAGUCAUCUACUGGGACGAGCUUAUCAUCUUACUCCAGACGUGAGAGUGGCGCUAGAAUAGAAAGCAGUAAAUACGAGACAAGCGGUAACAUUGAAGGAGUUAGCUCCUCCAAAUACGAGUCUAAAUAUUCGAGCGCAGGCGCCCGGAUAGAAGGAGGUAUUACCUAUGGCGUCGAAUCUAGCUAUGAAAGUAAGGCAGAAGGAGGAUCAAAAUAUGCUCUUGAAUCUAAUUAUGAAUCUUCAAAUAAAAUCGAUAGCAUUGCAUCGAAAUAUGGCAUUGACACUAAUGGAAAAAUCGAAGGUCGGUCCUCAAAGUACAGUGCCCAGAGCAGCUAUGACGGAGACAAGAUUGAAAGCGGAGAUAAAAUUGAAUCCUCCAUCGAGGCAACUAGUAAAAUUGAUAGUAUUGCUUCAAAAUAUGGACGAGACAUCAAUGGAAGGGCUGGAGGCCGUUCAACAAGGCUUAGCAUUGAUACGGGUUAUGACGGCGAAAAUGAGAGCGGUACUAGGAUCGAAUCUGAUUACCAGAAAUCAAUAAACGGGGAAUCUAUUUACGAAAGAAAAUACUCCAAAACUGCUUUGUCUAACGGUUCAGUGACUGGAGAAUAUGAAUCAACAAAGUCUGUCACGAAAUCUGAAACUUUAGAUGGGAAACCUAUUUUCAGCAAGACCCUCGAAGGGCAGAACAUCGAGCCGGGUGAGAACGCGGCGUUUGAAUGCGCUCUUCUCGAAUCUGAUGAUGUGAAAGUGACUUGGCUGAAGGACAACAAGCCUUUAACCGACCGGCUGAUGGACCGCUGCUCUAUAACAUCGAUCGAAGGCAGCCACAAAUUGCUUCUAAUGCACUGCAGGGAAGAUGACGCAGGCACCUACACGGCUCUUGCAGAGAACGUAAAAGGCAACGCCCAUUGCACAGCUCAGUUAGUCGUCCAAGAGCUGACACCAGAAGAAAGAAAAGAAAGGAACGCACUUAAUGCGCCCUACUUUUUGGUGGCGCUUAAGGAUACUGAAAUUUUGCAAAACACUUACCUACGGUUUAUGAUCCGGGUCAAGGGUGAUCCCAACCCAACUGUUAAAUUCUAUCGAGGCGGCAAAGAGAUCAUCACUACGUCGGAGAGCGACCGCGUAUCCAUUGUCCGCACUCACGCUGACAAGGGCUAUUACGAAUUAGUGAUAUCUGACGUGAACACAAACGACGCCGGCACCUACUCCUGCCGCGCCAUGAACAUCUACGGCGAUGUGGAGUCCGAAGCUAAAGUCACUGUCGUUGAUGAUAAGAACAUUUUCGGCGAACUGCUUCCUGGUGGAGAGGGCCUACUGGCGAAAGGUGAAAAACCGGCAUUCACUUGGAAGAGGGAUGGACAGCCUUUCGACCCCGAAGAAAGAUUCAAGGUUCUUCUUGGGGACGACGAGGAUUCACUGGCACUGGUGUUCCAACAUGUGAGGCCAGAAGAUGCCGGUCUCUACACGUGUGUCGCCAAAACCAGCACCGGCAACAUCUCAUGUUCUGCCGAACUCACCGUACAAGGCGCAGUGCACGAACUGCACCGGGAGCCUGAGAAGCCCCGGCUGGUGGUGGAGCACCGCGAGGCGGUGGUGGCGGCGGGUGGCUCGGCCGUGCUCGAGCUGCAGUGCAAGGGCUUCCCCAAGCCCAGCGUCGCCAUUAAGCACCAAGGCCAGCUGGUGGAGCCCGACACUCGACACAAGUUCCUGUACGAGGACGAGGAGUCCAUGUCGCUGGUGAUAAAGAACGUGGGCCCCGAAGACGCGGGCGAGUAUCACGUGACGGCCAGCAACGAACUCGGCGAGGACACCACCACCAUGCACCUCGUCGUCAAGGCCGCGCCUAAAAUCAAGAAGAAGAUCGAGAACCAGUCCUGCAUGGUUGGUGACACACACACCGUGACCAUCGAGGUGGAGGGAACCCCCACACCAGAAGUCUCGUUCUACAAAGAUGGCGUCGAAAUCAAGAGUUCAGAACGCAUCGUAAUAGUCAAGGAGUCCGAGACGAUAUACAAGAUCACCAUAAAAGACGCCAAGCUAAUCGAUACUGGAUCUUAUUCCGUCGUAGCAAAGAACGAAGUGAACCAGUGCUCGGACUUCUGGCAGUGGCACGUGUCUUCAGCGCCGAAGAUCAUGAAGAAGUUGGGUAGUUCCAAGGUCUGCGAGGAAAAGGAGACUGUUAUAUUCAAGAUUGAGACAGAGUCCGACCCAGCACCUACUGUUAAAUGGUUCAAGAACAAAACGGAGUUGACAGAGUCCUCCGCGGUGAAGAUCUCGUCGUCCGGCGAGGCGCACUCUCUGGUCAUCACUUCAGCGGCCCGCGCUGAUGCUGGAGAGUAUUCUUGUGAGGUGCGCAACUUGCACGGCAGCGCGACGGACGCGUGCGCGCUGCACGUGCGCUGCGCGCCGCAGUUCGCGCGCCGCCUGCACGACGUCACGGCACGAGAAGGUGACGUCGACGUUGAGUUCACCGUCGAUGUAAACGCCUAUCCCGAGCCCAAAGUACAAUGGUACUUCGGAGACGUGGAAAUAACUGAAAAGAAAUCUGUGUACACUCGCGUGGACAACGGCAGUACACACAAGCUGAUCCUCAAGGAGGUGUCCGCGGAGCUCUCUGGACAGUACAGCUGCAAGGUCUCCAACGAACUGGGUGCCGACUCGUGCCAGGCCACCUUCACUGUCAACAGGAAACCCAGAAUCACCAAGAGCUUGGUAGACAUGACUGUUGACGCUGGCCAGACUCUCAAACUUGAGGUUGAAGUUGAAGGUUGCCCCGAACCUAAAGUCAAGUGGUACAAAGAUGGUAAAGAAGUUAACACCGACGCCAGAAUCAAGAUAGAAAGAGAUACUAAGAGGUUAGAGAACUAUAACUUAACAGUUACUCUUGUAAAGGAAGAAGAUGGCGGCGAAUAUGAAGUAAGGGCUGAAAAUGAAAUGGGCAGUGUAAGCUCCAAGAGUACUGUCACCAUACACACUAAAGAAGUUCAUUCGAGAUUCAAAAAAGAAACGGUAAUUGAGAAUGAAUUGGAAGAGGACAGCAAACUAAAAGAACAACAAGUAGUAGACGUAGUAGAUGAUAGAGACAAAAAAUCAGCAACUAAACAUAAAACACAGCCAGAAACAAUUGAAGAGAAGCCUAUUGAUGAUACCCUAAAACAGAUUGAGGUUAAAGAAAUAGAUCAGGCAAAUGCUGAAUAUGGUAAAAAAUCACUGACUGAAACGGAAGAAAUAGAAGAAAAAUCAUUUUGGGAUGACGUUGAUGAUGAUUUUAAAAUAAAAAAAUCAAAAGUUGAUGACAAUGAAACCAUUCCCAGUAAAUCAAGAAAGUCAUUUUCGGAACCAGAAAUAGCUGAAGAAAAAUCCUUUUGGGAUGAUAUUCAAAAAGAGCGUAAUGCCGUAGUAGAUGAGAUAAAUGAAGUACCACAAAAAGGUAGAAAAUCCUUUUCUGAGCCAGAAAAAUCCCUAGAAGUAUCAAUGGGUGACAACGAUUCAGAAAAAGUAAAAAGAGUGCGAGUCGAAGAUAUAAAGCGAGAACCAGAAAAAUGUCGAAAAUCAUUUUCACAACCUGAAGCUUUACAAGAGAAAAGUUUAUGGGAUGAAAAUGAAAACGAACGAAAUAAGAAGGCCGAAGUUAACGAUGUAAAAGAAAUUACAAUUAAACCCAGAAAAUCAUUUUCGAAGCCAGAUACCAUGGAAGAAAAAUCUAUAUGGGAUGAUAAACAAGAAGAACAAAUCCAAACGCCCAUAUUUGAAGAUGUCGAAAAUAAAAUGGAUCAAGGUAAAAAGGGUGUAACUGAACCGGAAGUUAUCACUGAAAUAAAAAUCGACGAUGACUUCAAGACUUCAAAACGUAAAUCAGUUAAAAGACAGUCUCUUAAAGAAGAACCACUAAGUGCUGAAAUUGAAGGCCGAGUGUUAGAAACAAUAACCACGUUCAAGACAGGCAACGACGGGUCUAUUAUUGUAUCUAAAGUCAGCAGCACCUGUUCUCACGGCGUUAUUAUCACAGGUCCAGCCGAAACACACACUUUGCAUAAAAUGACGUCAGAAUAUCAUGAUUAUGAUGAUGAGUGUACCAGAAAAAUUAUUCUACCAAACAAGCCGCACACCACUUCAUUAGAAGUGGAAGAAAUAGCAAGCCACAGCUAUUUCUUAACUGAACUUGGCUAUUAUACCGUGCCAGAUCAUGUAAGAAGGGGCACUUAUGGAAUAAUUGAAGAACCACAGACUGACUCAGAUGCUGAUAGCAUGAGAUAUGGAAAAUGUACCGCUAAUAGAACCAUCUCCAUCCAUUCCGUAUCUGAAGAUGAAAACAGCUGGCAAAAUGAGCCACUAUCUAGAGAAAUAUCAAUAGAAGACUUGUCAAAAUCAAUAUUUGAAAUCGAUGAAACUCACAAAGUCUUCAGCAAAGAUUCGUACGUUCGUCAGUCUUCAUUCAAAGAGGAUUAUUCUACUAAUGAUGGGGAAGAGGAAUCGAUUAUACUAAAAGAAAAACGUGAAAAAAUUUUCGAAAACGAUAUUACAGAGAAGCUAAUACACAUUUCUAAGGAAUUUGAUGAAACAGAUAUUAACAGUGUGGGAAACAAAAUUGAUGAAGUUAAAAACCGCCUUAUUGAGGAACUAGUUGUCGGGCAUGUGGCAAGUCCUGACAAUAUUACAAAGAACAUAGUUGAGACGACUGUGGAAAGGAAAACGAAGCACGGUGCAAAACUGUUUAUUGUGGAAGAGGAGGAGGAUGGGGAAAUGGAAGCGCUGCUAAGACGUAGUCAAAGACAGAGAAGCAUAUUAGACGAUAUCUUAAAUCAAGAAGACGCGAAAGCACCCCCUAAACUCAAAAAAAGCAGCAUGAAAGACAGCAAUGUGUUCGAAUCUCUACCCUUGGUCUUUACGGUUGAAGCUUGUGGUUCACCGAAGCCCACAGUUCGCUGGCUCCACGACGGGAAGGAGGUCAAGCCUGAUGCUAGGGUCCACGUGGUUAAUGAAGGCGAUUUGUACAAACUAGAGAUUGACAAGGCAGAGAUGGGAGACGCUGGCAAAUGGCAGUGUGAAAUCAGUAACAAUCUCGGAAAGGAUGUUCUUCAGGCAGAAGUUACCGUUAAACCUGAAAGCGAGCUCCGCAAGCCGAUCUUCAAGGUGCCUUUAGAAGCCCAGCGUGUGAUGCAGAGAGAACCAGUGACCCUGAAGGCGGUGUGCACAGCGGACCCGCUACCGCACGUGGCCUGGCUGCUCAACGGCAACGAGCUCACUCCAGAUGCCACACUCCUCAUGCAGGCUGAUACCGAGGACAUCGAACACGGACUCAAGCAGUGCACCUUCACUCUGCACAUUCCUACCGGCCGUCACGCGGAUACUGGCGUGUACACGAUUCAAGCGAAGAAUAAAUACGGAGUUGGCGAGAGUUCAGCGCGCUUGGACAUCCUCCUGCGACCCGAGAUCGAAGGGUUGAAGGAUGUCACCGCGAUGCCCUAUGAGGAGACCACGUUUAUUGCUAAGAUACAGGCCAAUCCCAUUGCCGAGGUCCAGUGGAGUAAAGACGGCUACGUCAUAAAACCAUCGUCCCGAUUCGACAUUGAAGAAGACAAGGCUUCGGAGACUCACAAACUGGUGGUCAAGAAGGUGACUGUCGAGGAUGCGGGAGUUUACACUGUUACCGCCAAGAAUGAGCUCGGUGAAGCUUCACAGCAAGCUAAACUCACUGUUCAUACUGACAAGCCAAUAUUCACGAAACCCCUCCAAAAGGAGACGGUGAAGGACUACGAUGACUGCACGUUGAAAGUGCGCUGUGACGGUGUACCGAAACCCGAAGUGCACUGGUACGUCAACGACAAGGAAUUGAAGAAUGAUGAGCGUCACACCAUCACCACUGAAAUAGGCGGGCAGGUCGACAGCGAGCUUGAAAUCAAGCACUUUAAUUCGACUGAUGCUGGAAAGUACAAAGUUCGAGCUGUCAAUAUAUCUGGUGAAGCAGAAUGCGAAGCGCAGAUCUCCCUGGCACAAACAACGCCCGGUUUCACUCACAAGCUGGAGCGGCAAAAGGACGUGGACGAGGGCGAGCCUUUGGAGCUUAAGGCGAAGCUUGACGGCAGCCCCAUACCCACCGCGAAAUGGUUCAAGGACGGGGCACCUCUUCCACCAGAAGAUACGCGUGUCAAACAAACCUCCCUGCCAGAUGGUACGGUGAAGUUGUCCAUCGAACAUGUCACCCCUGCCGAUUGCGGUGCUUACAAACUGGUGAUCAGCAACCCUAACGGCGAAAACUCUGCGUUAUGCGCCGUUGCUGUCAACCCAACGCCCCGUAAGCCCUCAUUCAGUGAGCCAUUAGAGGAUGUCAAGACUGUAGUUGGUCAGCCGCUCAAGUUACAGGCUCGUGUGAUGGCAUUCCCCGCUCCUGAAGUCAAGUGGUUCAAGGAUGGUCUGCCCGUUCGUCCGUCCCAAGCAGUUAACUUUAUCAAUCAACCUGGUGGUGUGAUCGGCCUCAGCAUCGACAGCUGCAAGCCAGAAGAUGCUGGCUUAUACUCGUUGACAGUCGCAAACAAAUUGGGUGACGUCGAAUCUAAGGCCAAGGUUGAAGUCACCCAGAAGGAGCGUAAACCCGCGUUUAUCGCCGAGCUAAUGCCUAUCAAGGUGAUUGAAGGGUUCCCCGCUAAGUUGGAAGUCAAAGUUCUGGGUCAUCCUCCGCCACUUAUAAAAUGGACACACAACGGCCAGGAAGUGGUUCCGGAUGGAAACCGCAUCCGCGUAGUGACGCAACCGGACGGUAUGUUCGCGUUGCUCAUCUCCGAUGUCCAGGGGCCGGAUGCUGGACAGUACGGGGUCAUUGCUGCCAAUGACAAGGGCGAGACUUCCUGCUCUGCUGAACUUAGUGUUGCCAGUCGCACGGACGACUCGUCUCCAGAAGAGAGGCCCCGCUUUGUCCACGGCCUGCGGGAGACCACUGCCGAUGAAGGCCAGGCGCUGGAGCUGAGCGCGGCGCUGGCCGGCAACCCGGCGCCCGACGUGCUCUGGACCAAGGACGGCCGCCCGCUGCUGCCCAGCGAGCGCCUGCAGCUCUCCUGCGACGGCAAGCGGGUUGGUCUGGAAAUCAAUCCAGUGGAGCUAGCCGACGCAGGCGUGUACUCAGUGAAGUUGUCGAACCCACUGGGUGAAGACAGCAGUGAGGCCAAGGUGAACGUACGCAAGAUCUACCAGCCGCCCACCUUCUCCCAGAAGUUCACUGACUUGCAGCAGCUUCCAUCAUUAGAUGCGAAGUUCUCCGCGCGCGUUCAUGGCAAGCCUACUCCCGAGGUAUCUUGGUUCAAGAACGGACAGCCACUGUCACCGUCCGACAAGUACGGGAUCAAGCGAGACGGUGAAGCGUGCUGUCUUUACGUAAGGGACCUCAAGCCAGAAGACGCAGGCAGUUACAAAUGUUUUGCAAAGAAUAAAGAAGGUGAAGCAACCUGUGAAGCGACCCUCGAGGUGGUGGAGAAAAUAGGGCGGCAGCAGCGCGCGGAGCCGCCAUCGUUCCUGAAGAAGAUCGGCGACGCGGACGUGGUGCGCGGCAUGCCCGCCAAGUUCACCGCCUGCGCCACCGGCUCCCCCGAUCCCGAUGUCGAAUGGUUCCGUAACGACGAGAAGCUGUUCCCCUGCGAACGCAUUCGCAUGGACAAGGAGACGACCGGUUUGCUGCGACUCACCAUCAGUGGCGUGGACCAGAGCGACGUGGGCACGUACCGCUGUAGGAUAUUCAACCCACACGGCGAGGACUCCUGCUCCGCACAGCUUACCUACGACACUCUGGAGCCGGUGUGUAGCAAGCGGCCGAUCUCGGAGCAGUACUCGGAGUUCGACAAGAUGAAGAAGACGGGCGUGCCGAUGCCGCUGGGCGACAAGCCCAUCAUCUCGCGCAUGGCCGACCGCCACCUCACGCUCUCAUGGCGGCCCUCCAUCCCCCACGGGCCCAGGUUCCCGGUCACUUACCAGGUUGAGAUGUGCGAGAUGCCAGACGGCGACUGGUUCACGGCGCGCACCGGCCUGAGGUCUUGCGUCUGCGACAUCCGGAACCUGGAACCCUUCAGGGACUACAAGUUCCGCGUCCGAGUCGAGAACAAAUACGGAGUGAGCGAGCCUUCACCCUACGCCAUCACACAUCGCUCCCGUUUGGAGCCCGAACCGCCAAAAUUCGUCCCCUAUUUGGAGCCCGGCAUCGAUUUCCGUCCGGAGACUUCGCCCUACUUCCCGAAGGAUUUCGAUAUCGAGCGACCUCCCCACGAUGGAUACGCUCAAGCGCCUCAAUUCCUUAGACAGGAACACGAUUCCCAGUAUGGAAUCAAAGGCCAUAAUGCCAAUUUGUUCUGGUUCGUGUACGGGUACCCUAAGCCGAAGAUGACGUACUUCUUCAAUGAUGAGCCUAUCGAGAUCGGAGGCAGAUAUGAUUGGAGCUACACCCGCAACGGACAAGCGACGUUGUUCAUUAACAAGAUGUUGGAGCGUGACGUGGGCUGGUACGAGGCCGUGGCCACCAACGAGCACGGGCAAGCUCGGCAACGAGUGAGACUGGAGCUGGCGGAGUACCCGAGGUUCAUCACCAGGCCUGAGGAGACCGUGGCGCUGCAGAGGAGGACCGCGAGGAUCGAGGCCAGGGUCACUGGAGUACCGUUCCCCGAUAUCAAGUGGUAUAAGGACUGGCAGCCACUUGCACCCAGUAGUAGAAUAAAGAUGCAAUUCCUUGAGCCGGACACGGUCAUCUUGGUGAUACACGACGUCAUCUUGAAAGAUGAAGGCCUCUAUUCGAUUUCGGCGCGAAAUGUUGCGGGCUCAGUUAGCUCCUCAGCCAUGUUGCAUGUCGAAGAGAGCGAACACGAGUACUCCACCAGAAUCCGCGAGCAUCCACCACGAGUGAAGCCGAGCACGAAGCCGUUCGGUGACUUCUACGACAUCGGCGACGAACUGGGCCGUGGCGUCCAGGGCGUUGUGUACCACGCAGCUGAAAGACUUACUGGUCGCAACUACGCGGCGAAGAUAAUGCACGGACAUUCCGCCUUGAAGCCGUUCAUGAAGAAUGAAUUGGAUAUACUGAAUCUGCUUAACGACAGGCAUCUCAUCCGCCUGUACGACGCCUACGAGCAUGAGCACACUCUCGCGCUGGUGCUCGAACUGGCUGCUGGUGGGGAACUGGUCCGCGAUCGACUGCUUAGGAGCCAGGGUUACACAGAGAGGGAGAUAGCAGGUUAUAUACGGCAGUUGCUGCGUGGACUUAAGUACAUGCACGACAACAGCGUCGCACAUCUCGGACUCACGAUCGGUGAACUGUUGCUCUCGCACGCGGGUAGCGACGAGCUGAAGCUGUGCGACUUCGGGCUGUCGCGGCGCAUCUCGCAGAACAAGCUGGCGUCCCUGGACUACGGCAUGCCGGAGUACGUGGCGCCCGAGCUGGCCGGAGGACACGGCGUCGGCUUCGCCGCGGACAUGUGGAGCGUGGGCAUCAUCACCUACAUCCUGCUCAGCGGACACUCGCCCUUCCGCGGCCACAACGAUAGGGAGACCCUCACCAGGGUGCAGGAGGGCAAGUGGGAGUGGCACGACGAGGAGUGGUGGUCGCGGAUGAGCCGCGAGAGCCGCGACUUCAUCUGGCGGCUGCUGCAGCUGGACUGGCGCGAGCGCAUGCACGUGGAUGCUGCGCUGGCGCAUCCCUGGCUCGCGUGCGCCGACAAGAUCUACCGCGACGAGUACAUCAUCAGCACCGACCGCCUCAGGAACUAUUACAAUUUAUACCGGGACUGGACCAGUAACGCACAAUGCAGAACUUGGUUCAGACGUAGGCCACUGUCUGGUGCUUUCGAUCAUCCCUCGAAGAUGGUCUACCCUCCUGGUGAAAUUUACACUCCUGAAGGGUCUCCUGAACGGGAACGCUCUCCUCACGGCCGCCCCGCUCCCGAUCUUAGCAUGCCGCACUGGGAACAUCCCGAUUGGGAGGUCUCCGCCAAAUCCGAGAGCCACUACCAGAACGGGCCGGACACGUACCUGCUGCAGCUGCGCGACGUGCAGUUCCCGGUGCGGCUGCGCGAGUACAUGAAGGUGGCGUGCCACCGCUCGCCCGCCUACAACCUCGGCCUGCACGACUCCUACGACCCCAGGACUCCAAUCAUUCACGAACGUCGCCGCUUCACCGACAUUAUGGACGAGGAGAUCGACGACGAGCGCCGCGAGAGAAUCAACAAGUACGGCUCCGAGAGCUACACCAUCCGCAGACUGAGGCACGAGCUGGGCACCAGACUCGACAGCUACGCGGAAGCCCAAGCGCUCAUGGAGUCCAAAAAGGACGGCCAGCUGCCCUUCUUCAGAGAAAAGCCUCAAAUCCUCCCCAUCAGAGAAGGCGAGCCCGCCCAACUCUCCUGCUACGCCGUCGGAGACCCAAAACCGACCAUCCAGUGGUUCAAAAACGACAUGGUCAUCGCUGAAGGACAACGCAUCAAGAUCAUCGAAGACGAUGAUGGAAGAUCGACUCUGAAAUUGGACCCGGCUAUGCACCACGACGUCGGUUUCUAUAAAGUGGUAGCGAGAAACAAGGUUGGACAAACCGUUGCUCGAACGAGAAUCGUAGAAGCGACCAACCCUGAUGCUCCAGAUAGUCCAACAGCAACCGAUGUCUCCGACACGGAAGUACUUCUCAGGUGGAAACAGCCGAAAUACGACGGCAACACCCCAGUCGUAUGUUACAGCCUCCAAUACAAAGAGGGUGACAGCGUCGAUUGGAAAACAGUGGCCGAGAACAUCGACCACGAGUUCUUCGUAGUCAGAGACUUGCAACCAGACACCAGCUACCAGUUCAGGCUGUCCUCACGCAACAGGAUCGGGUGGAGCGACAAGGGGAUCCCGACCAACUUGGUGAAGACAAAACAAGCGGGUGCUCCGAAGAUCGAGGUCACAAAGGCCAUGAAACACUUACAACAGCUGACUGAGUCCGGACAAGAGAUAAUAUUAGAGGAAGAGAAGCCCAAAUUGGGCUACAGCACCGAGAAUAACCCAGUGGAAUGGUGUCCUGGCGAAUCGUUCACGGAACGCUACACUUUCAUUUCUGAACUGUGGCGCGGAAAGUUCUCUAUCGUCGUGAAGGGCAUAGACAAGACCAACGACAGUGUGGUCGUGGCGAAGAUAUUGGAAUGCCGGCCGGAAACGGAAGUUCAAGUGCAAAGGGAGUUCGAGUGCUUGAGGAGGCUCAGACACGAGAGGAUAUCCAACUUAUUAGGGGCCUACCAGACCCCCGGAACCCCUUACGCGGCAUUGAUUUUAGAAAAGCUCCAAGGCGCCGACGUACUGACGUACCUCUCCAGUCGUCACGACUACACGGAACAGAUGGUCGCGACCAUUGUUAUCCAGAUACUUGACGCCCUGCAAUAUUUGCAUUGGCGAGGGUACUGCCACCUGGACCUGCAGCCAGAUAACGUGGUGCUGUCGUCCGUCCGCGCGAUCCAGGUUAAGCUGAUCGACUUCGGGUCCGCAUACAGGGUCACCAAGCUGGGCACCAGCGUUCCUCAAGUUGGGGAAUUGGAAUACAAAGCACCGGAGGUGAUCAACGACGAGCCAGCGUACCCGCAGACCGACAUCUGGUCCUUGGGCGUGCUGACCUACAUAAUGCUGUCGGGCGUCUCUCCAUUCCGUGGGGCGGACGAUGCGGAGACCAAGCAGAACAUCUCCUUCGUGCGAUACCGUUUCGAGCACCUUUACAAGGAGAUCACGCAGGAGGCGACCCGUUUCCUGAUGUUCGUGUUCAAGAAGGUGCCCCUGAAGAGGCCGUCAGCAGAAGAGUGCCACGAGCACCGCUGGCUCGCGCAGUCCGACUUCAUACACAAGAAGCGGGAGAGAGCCGUCUUCUUGGGCAACAGAUUAAAGGAAUUCUCUGAGGAGUACCAUGAGAAGAAAGCCAGGGAAGCGUCACAGGCGGACACAGUUGCGACGGCUUUCGGCCAAAUUGCCGCGCGGCAUCUCACGCGCUCCAACAGCAUCCAGGAGGAACUGCUCACCAACUUCUCCAGCCAGUGA